AUGGAGCUGUCAGCUAACAACUUCGAGGAGGAGGACCCUAGUAAGCGUGAGCUUAUUAGUGACCACGACUACGACAACAGCACCGACAGGGUCUCCGACCCCGCUUCUACCCAGACACCAGCAGGAACCCCCUCACCUGUUGAGUCAAAUGCUGAUAGUUUGUUCAAAAAAAGUUCUGUAGUGUUUCACAGAAGGAAGGUGCUGAGUACUGGAGAUGAGCUGCAGGGAAUACUGGAGAUGAGCUUUAAGAUCUCAGGUAUGCGCUACAGCACCCUUCCUACACCCCCUGUGUUCUACCCUGUGGGACCACCCCAUGUUUCGCAAGCCAUCCACGUUCUGCCCUCGCUCCUGGCUCACGUGCACCUUGCCCACCCGCUCCUCACGCUGCCCCAACCUGCACAGCAGCCCUAUUGCGCCUACCUUGCCGCCUCCUACGUGCUCCCCCGUGCUCCUCCGCCUCCGGCGCCUACACUCAUUUUCUACCCGUCCGCCCCCGCCACCCGCAUCGCUGACCCUCGCAUCGCACGCUUCUGCAUCAACCCGUUGCCGCUCCCCAUGCUCGACCUUGGCUUCGCGCUCUGCCUCCACGCCUGGAACCCCAGUCUUGUCCUCCCACUCCACUACCGUGCGGCCUCCAUUGUUGCCUCCUACCGCGGCCACCUCAGGUCUGCCAAAGCGCGCCCCAGGUCCGGGAAGAUCACAGAUAGGGAUGUGUCAUACACCGACACUGAGGUGUGGGUGGACGCUAGGAGGGUGUCUGGAUCUUCGUACUCUUGCUGUGCUGACAAAUUACACUCUGUCUAG